AGGAGCUGUCGUCUCAGCCAUGGAAAACAUACAACCGAGAAGCCUUCACUAUGUGACCAUAGUCUCUGUCCUCUUCACCUCAUCUUUAUCAGCUGAAGGUGUUCAGAUCAGAUUGGUUGGAUCUACUUCUACUCGCUGUUCUGGAAGAGUUGAAGUUUAUCACAACGGUUCCUGGGGAACAGUCUGUGAUGACGACUGGGACUUCAAUGAUACUAAGGUGGUUUGCAGACAGUUGGACUGUAACACAAGAGACAUUGUCCCUUUAACACGGAGCUUUGGUGAAGGUACUGGUCAAAUCUGGCUGGAUGAUGUGUCCUGUUUAGGAAAUGAGAGUUCAUUAACUGAUUGUCAGCACAAAGGAUUUGGGAAUCACGACUGUAGACAUACUGAGGAUGUUAGUGUGGCCUGUUUAGGCUCUGACAUUAGACUGGCAGGGUCUGGUUCUACUCAGUGUUCUGGAAGAGUUGAAGUUUAUCAAAACGGUGCCUGGGGAACAGUCUGUGAUGACGACUGGGGCUUGAAUGAUGCUCAGGUGGUCUGCAGACAGCUGGGCUGUGGGUCGGCACCGAGUGCCCAUCCAUCAGCCCACUUUGGUCAAGGUUCUGGUCCAGUCUGGCUCACUGAUGUGCGCUGUUCAGGACAUGAGCAGUAUUUAGGUCAGUGUGAACAUGGAGGAUUAGGGAGACGUCACUGUGGACAUGAUAAGGAUGUUGGUGUGGUCUGUGAAGAUGUUCAGAUUAAACUGGUUGGGCCUGGUUCUACUCAGUGUUCUGGAAGAGUUGAGGUCUACUACAACGGUACCUGGGGAAGAGUUUGCAGCCGGAACUGGAACACUCCUCAUGCACAAGUGGUUUGCAGACAGAUGGGCUGUGAGACGGCUCAGGCAGUGUCUGUUGCAGGCCAGUUUGGUGAAGGUACUGGUCCAGUCUGGCUGGAUGAUGUGCUCUGUUCAGGGAAGGAGAGUUCUUUAACUCAGUGUCUUCACCACAAAUCUGAAACACGUGACUGUGAAUAUGGUAAAGAUGUUGGUGUGGUUUGUUCAGGUUAUCAAGUCAGACUGGCAGGGUCUGGUUUUACUCGGUGUUCUGGAAGAGUUGAAGUUUAUCUGAAUGGUGCCUGGGGAACAGUGUGUGAUGAUGACUGGGACCUGAAUGAUGCUCAGGUGGUUUGCAGACAGCUGGGCUGUGGGACAGCUCUGAGUGCCCCUGGUUCAGCCCACUUUGGUCAAGGCACUGGUUUAAUCUGGUUCAAUGAUGUGGCCUGUACAGGAGAUGAGGAGACUCUAUUUAAAUGUUCAAACCGAAGACUUUGGAAUCACAAAUGUGCACAUGAUGAGGACGCUGGUGUGGUCUGUUCAGUGAGUCUGCAGGAACCCAGCAUUUCUGUCACGUCUCCUAAUGAAGGGCUCACGUGGGAUCCUGAAGGUGCAGAAGUCAUCAGAGGUUACAGCUUCGUCAUCACCUGCUCUAUUAAGGCCAACUCUUCUCAAGGCCGUUUCUCUCUGAUGCUCUCUGACUCCACCAUCAUCAACCCUGACCUUAAAGACAACAACUCGGCCUCCUUCAUCUUCCCUGUAGCUCUGUACGAACACCAGAACAACUACACCUGUGUGCAUAAAGUGACAACCAAGGACUCCAACUCCACAGAGACAGCAACCAUUAGUAUCAUCAUUAAAUUUCCAACAGCUUUUGUCAUCAGACAUGUGACCGUGCCGCUGAUUCUGGUGCUGGAGUUCUGCGGCCUUUAUUUCUACUUUAAGGCCAAAAAACGACAGAUGUCACUUCGGGUGUCUAGAGCCUGAGGAGGAGAAAUGAAUCCGGGGAGCAGAGUUGGACCUCCAGACCCCUGUCUUGGAAAAAACAAUCCAAGUCAGUCACCAGAAUAAAAUGUUGUAAAUUCCCUCAACCACAGAUAUUGUUAAUAUAAUUCAUCAGUGAAGGAUCUGGUCCUCAAGAGUGCAGGAGAUGUAGGCGGGGUGGAUGGUGAACACACAAAUAGACUUUGACUCCGCACUGACAUGAGACUGGGUUCAGGAGUUGAAAUUGAAAUAACAUAAUAUUGAGCAGACUUUAAUAAUGAAAAAUGUUUUUUUUUUAAAUCAUCUUCAAUUACCACCUCAUUUUGUUGCUUUUUCAGGACAGUUCAUAAGUACAUACAAAAUUAAUGAAACUUUGAUGAUUUGAAAGUUGUUGCAGUAAAAAUGUUACUAUUAGAGAGGAUUAAUGAAUGAUUCAUAAGUAGGUUUGAAUAAAUUGAUUUAAGGUUCACUGUUUGACAGGUUGAUGCUGCCAAAAUGUCUGAUCUUAUAUUUGCUUAGUUUACUUUAUCUUGUGUCUGUAUCAGUCACCAACUGAAACCAUUUUACUCAUGAGUUACUUUUAAAACCUACAAAUGGACAAAAUUGUAAAACAUGUAAAACAUGUAAAAUACGUCACCUUUAAAUAAUGCUUCACAAAUUGACUAAAUGUUGACUUCAUUGCUGGUUUUAGUCUGUACAUAGUUGACAAUGACAACAGUAAAGAAACUCACCUGACUCACCUUAUUCUUUAUGGAAAGCUGUCAAACGUAUCUUUUCAACUUCUUGUUUAUUUCUGUACUUGGUCACCAGUUACUGCUGUUGAAUACAUUAUUGUACAGAUAUUAUUUGGGUAAAUGGACAUGUAGUUUUUGAAAGAUAUAGCUUUGUUUUCAUCUUUGAUAUUUGUACUUCAAUAUGAUGUAAAUAAUACAAAAUAUAUG